AUGCCGGCCUGGGGCAAAGGUCUCAUGCAGUCCGACGAUGACUACGAUAUCGCCAACGACCUCAGCGACAUGUGCGACUGUGACCUCAUAUACCCAACCGAGGAAGAGGGCAGAUCCGGCACGAUCAAAAAGCUGAACGACGGCCUGCUCUCCCAGAAGUUUGAAAAGAUUCUCUCCAGCGACUUCAAGCCAACUACUAGCCACCACAAGCGAGAGCGCAUAGCUAUCAUCUUAGGGAUGCUAGCCAUGGAGCUCGGUGUGAUCAUCGAAGACCGCCACUUGAGAGCGCUUCGAAUCCUUCGGCCCUGGCUCCCUACGCUCGAGCAGCAGUUGCAGCUGGUCACGGCGCUCGACGAAUACAAGAAUGAUGGGACACCUUGGGAGACGGGUUCUAAGGGUCUCAUUGACACGAGACGAGCCGAGGAACGAGGUCCGCAGAAGUACGACCUUGGUGAUGAGUUCUGGUUCAGUGGCUUAGGGCAGGAGAUUACUGACCAUACCUUCAUCGACAGAUUCUCUUCAGAUGAGGCUCCCUCAUCAGAGAUGGUCAGCAAAGUCUGCAUGAAUUGCGGGGACAGAGAUGUCGACCUUCACUGUGGUCGUUGCAAGAUGGUUCGUUACUGUGAUAAAAAUUGCCAGCGAGUUGACUGGCCAACUCACAAGAAAGUUUGCGAGGCCCGUGACAGUAUUCGCAAAUGCCCUGUCCCUGAUCUCAAGUAA